AGCCACUUUGGGUGGAAAGAUUAGCGCGUUUUCUGUCAAAUCGAGAGUUGCACGAUUUUCGCUGGCUGGCCCGGGCGGCGGGGGCUAAGCUAUGCAAUGGCGAUGUCUUGCGCUGGUGAUGAUCACCGGCGCUGUGCGGCCCAAGGAGUCUUCCAUUGACUUGAGCCGGGAGGAGCGGUUUCAGCGGCUUUACAGGCAGUACUACGCGCACUACCGGAAGGGCAUCCCCCGGUCCAUGCCAGGGCUGGCCGCCCGUGAGAUCCCGCUGCAGUUCGAGUUCGAGGUGUCCAAGAGGAUGUAUGUCAUGAACAUGACGCCGGAGAGUCUGCUGGCGCGGGGCGGCAUCACCUCAGAGGACAUCGACCUCGGCCCAGUGUUCGAAAGCGGCUCCAAGUGGUGGUACAUCGAGGCGGAUGGUCUCGGCAGCAAGCACCACCAGAUCUUGCAGGGCUUGCCGGAAGCCAACAGCGUGGUGGUGCGGCCCAGGACGGUGCUGGAGUCCUCGCUGCCUGGGGACCUGGUGGCAUACUUCCACAAGCUCCAGGUGCCCGCGUCGGCCCACAAGACCUCCUUCCAGUUCACCGUGGGUGUGUCCGCCCAGCAGCUGCCGCAGCUGCUGCGAGUUGCGCCGCCCAUCCGGCACCUCACCACGAAAGUGGCCGCCCUGUGCCGGAGGCGGCAGCCAGCCUGCAGCCCGCAAUAUGAGGCCACGGUUUUGCUGGCGGCGAUGAUUUUGGACCGCGCCCACAGCUGCGACGCCUGCGGCUUCCCCAAGCGCUGGCAGACCCCCUGGCUGGUGCGGACCCACAUGGGAGACCUCGCACAGACCUUGGCCCUGCAUGAGCGUCACAACCUCACAGGCGACGUUCUGCAUGUGUGGCACGGGGACCCGGACGCAACGCUCUACCCCAAGGGCAUCAUGGACUACCUCCACUUCCCAGAGAUGGCUGAGAUGGGCGGGCUUGUGAACGGGCGCCUGGCCGAGACCGAAGCGCCGGAGAUGCCGGUGGACACAGC